AAGUCAGAAACCUCAGAAAACUCAAAAACUACGGUAAAAGCUCAGUAAAUUAUUAGAGUGGGCACCAAUAGCCGAUAGUGAGACAGAAGUUAGCCACCUUUAACUACCCUGAAUACUGAUAGAUAAUCUACUGAUCCACUAAAUCCUCACUAAUUAUAUUCAGUUAUCAUCCCUUAUCAUUAAGUUUAGUAAAUCUCACUAAAAUUUCUCACUAAUCGUGAUUGAUCCUCACUAAUCCUCACUAAUUAUAUCAUGUCACUAUUCAAGCCAGGAGCUAGAAAAUAUCGAACUUUAAUUAUUCGAAUAGCACUAUUCUUAUGGGUCUUAUCUACCUGGUACUGGAUCCAAAUUACCUACCUCGGACCCAGAAUUUCCACAAGUUUACCAUCCCCUAUCACAAAUAUUAAUACUGAUUCCUUUACUAAAUUUUUAUCUAAGAAAUACCCUAAAUUUUUUAAUUUAGUACCGGCUAAAUCCAUAUAUGAUUAUGAUGAAAAAAAAUCCAUUCGUUAUGAUCCUGGAGUUCAUUCAAUAGUAUAUAACUAUUUUCUCACUAACGGUACUGAAACUAUUGAUGAUCCUAGCGAUACAGCUUCAUUAUUUAAUACCCACUUAUACCAAGUCUUAACUCACUUGGACUUUGAUUCCCGUUGUAACCUUUACUUCAACAGCUUAUAUGCCAACCAUAAGCUGGGUGAUCCCAUAAUUAGUCCAACUAAACACUUUGACUUUAAUAGAGAUCAUUAUAAAUCAAUUGAUGAUUAUCUCAAAUGGUGCUUAGAACAACUUAAGAAAGAGUUCCCUGACGUGGAAGAACUUACAGUAGAACAGGAUACUAAAUUUCGGGAGGAAUAUGCCGAAAUUCAAGCCAAUUUGGCAAGAGAUAAUGUAGUAUUACAUGAUUACAUUACCCAUUUAAAAGUAUUCAAUAAAUGCUUUCUCGCUAGUCCAGCAUCUCAAGACAAGUUUAUUGCAAAUCAGCGUAAACUCAUGAAUGAGUUUAGUAAAACUGAGCAUAGUUAUAUCCCUUCCACCAUUCCUGAAAUAAAGAUUAGUCCUACUUACCAUAAUGAACACUUUCUUGAAACUCUUAUAUAUCCAUGGCUUAGUCAGAGAUCACCACUCUUUGAAACCCAUGAUGGUAAGACAUAUGAAUUAAUCCCCAAUACACAAUUCACCAAGUCUCAUUCUUUUCUUCAACAAUACAAAUCCAAACUUGGUGGAAGAGGUAUAGUCCUUACCAUUGCUGAUGAUCAUACAGACAAUACUAUUCGUCUUAUUCAUAUUUUACGUCAUUUGGGUAAUGAAUAUCCUAUUCAGAUUGUAUAUGACUCCACCACAUUAUCAGCAGAGUCUAAAUUCCAAGUAUUUCAAGCUGCUACUGUCAGCUUCCAUGGCCUUAAGAAACAAGACAUAACAUUUGUUCAAGUAAAUCCUACCAUAGCUGAUGGAUUUAUGGGUAAGUUUGGUGGAUUUGGAAAUAAGAUUCUUGCAGUAUUAUUCAAUUCCUUUGAAGAAAUGCUCUUUCUUGAUGCCGAUGUAGUAAUACUUCAACCUCCUAGAUUUUUCUUUCAACUUAAGAAGUAUCAACAAUAUGGUACUUUAUUCUAUAAGGAUAGAUCAGCAGUUGAAUUUAGACCUGAUUAUGAUAUUCAAUUCUUUAAGAACUUUAUGAAUAAUCAACUUGAUGAGAUUGUAUUUGGAUUAAAUCAAGUCACCAAUAAUACUAUUGAUUUACCAUUCUUUUCUAAACAUAUUAAUCAUUAUAUGGAAUCUGGACUUGUAUUAAUUGAUAGACGUCGUCAUUUUAAUCAAGCACUUAUUAUGGCCCAUCUUAAUUUCUAUCUCCCUAUUCAAUCCAGAUUAUAUGGAGACAAAGAAUUAUUUUGGUUAAGUAUGGCUAUGUAUGGUGAUGAAUCAUUUCAAUUUAAUAAUCAUUUUGCAGCUGCCAUUGGUGAAGUUACUCCUGAUUCUGAACGUAUUUUAGAUGUUGGUAAAGCUCAAUCGUUCAUGUCUAAAGAGAUUUGUUCUAAUCAUCCAGCUCAUAUUAAUGAUGAAGAUAAUCAUACAUUACUUUGGUUUAAUUCAGGUUAUGUAUUCUGUAAUCAACUUAAGAAAAUUAACUUUGAACAUGAGUUUGAACAUAAAAAACGGUAUACAAAGAUUAAGACACUUGAAGAAUUUAAAACUUUUUUCACAUCCAAAUUAAUCAUUAAGGCAGCCAUAGUUCCACCUCAUUUGAAAUUAACUGAGUCAAAUGAUUUAGGAGAACCUGAUAGAGUAUGGUUUAAUAUGGGACAAUAUUGUUCGGGAUAUACAUGGUGUGCUUAUAGUUCUAUUGGAUCAGCAAAAACUCCUGAACAGAAGGGUUGGCUAAUUGAAUAUUCACCUAAAGAACAAGAAUAUUUCAAUGCAUUAGGAGAUGUCUGGAUGGAAGACUUUGAUUAUAGAUCAUAUGCCCAGAUAGAAAAGGAUGAGAAGGAGGGAAUUAAAAAGUAUUCUAUUAAAUAUAGUGAACAAGAUCAAGUUCAACCUAGUGCAGAGGAUAAGAAGAGAGCUGCAGCUAAACGGAAAGAGCAGUUAUUAAAGAUCCAACAGACGGUUAAUGAGAAGUUGGAUGAGGUGGAGAAUCCAUGGUGGAAGUUAUAGACGAUAUAGUAUAUUAAACGUGUUAGUAUAGUAAUAAUACAGUAAUAAUACAGUAA